AUGGCCAUCAAACAUAUGCUGGCCGGUCAGUUAAGAGGCGUGGACGCCCAAACAGAGGAGGAGGAAGAUUUACAAGAGGGCGUGGACAGAGAGGAAGAGGGGCGUGGCCGAGGCCAGCAAGAAAGUCAGCGUGGAGGUUCUCGAGGAGGUGGAUCGGGUUUCACGAGGAAGGGCCUUGAUGAUAAAUAUGACUGGGAAGACCACCCCCUGGAUGGAUUGCCUCUUGAUGAUGAAGAUUAUUAUGAUAGAGGAUACACAGCCCCAAAGCGCCGUCACAAUGGGCCACAGGUCAAGGUCACAAUGCAGCAUCUGCAGAUGAGCACAGAGAACCAGGAAAUGGUACGAGACAUGUUGCGAGACCUGCAUGGUGAAGAACUGGACAUGCCUGAAAAGGAUGAGUAUGAUGAGCUGGAUACCAGAGAUGAUCAUCAGUACUGGGUCACGCAGCAGCCCCUGCAGAUCCAAGAUGGCUGCAGCUUCGCUUUCUAUGGUCAGUUCCAAGAUGGUGGAGAUACAUCAAAGAAAACGAAGGCUCCUAAGACUAUAAAUCAGUUUGGACUUCAGAAACUUGCAAGAUAUGGGUUUGAUAAGGAACGGUGUACUGAGGCAUUGAAAGCAUGUGAUGAGGAUAUAGGAGCCUCUCUGGAGCAUUUACUGUGUGAGUGUUUCAAUCUGCUGAAAGUGGACGCUACCCAGGACAGUGAGCAGACGUCAGAGGAGUGGCAGGAGAUACUGGACGCUCGCAAUGAGGAGAUGACAGCCUUACAGUCUAUCUACGAGGAUAAGUUUGAAGAAAGGAUAUCAAACAAUAUAUGGAUUCUUUAUCUUGAUCUUGAAUCCCUGAAUCAGAUCCUUAAACCUGCACCCUCGAAACCGAAGCAAUCGGUCACACAACGAUACGACAAAAAUAUAUGUAAAUAUUUCAAAAAAGGAUCAUGUAAAUUUGGAAGUAAAUGUAGGCACAAGCAUUCUGUGUUAAACCCAGAUGAAGACACUGUUGAUGAACAGCAUACCAAAAUAAACAGUUCAUAUCAGCUAGAGGUGCGGUUUCCCCCUGGGAACAAAUACCCCAAUGAACCCCCAAUUUUAGCCUUCUCCUCCUCCCACCCUUUCCUCUCGGCUCACAGCUGUCUACAUAUAACACGGUUCUUGAUAGAAGAAGCCAAAAGUCUUUCCGAGCACCAUGAACCUGUGAUAUUUACCUUGUUGAGUCUGUUGGAAGAUGAUGGAGUGUUGCAAAGUCUGGUGGAACAACCCCCACUGGAGUUCAGUGUGCCAAAGGCGAUCAUAUCCCGGAAUCGGUAUCGCCAUCUUGCAGAGGGCAACACUGACACGUCUGCUGAUGCAGAUGAUGAUGAUGAAGAUGAUGAGCAGAUGGAGCAGAUGAUUGAGAUGAUGGAGAAGGAAGGACAGAAGAACAUUGUAGUGGAGGAAGUCAUUCCAACACAGAAAUAUGGAAGGAAGGAUGUCGUCCCAAGGAGGGUAAACAAAACAGAACUAUUCAAGAAGAACAGACUGAUGAAGGAUGACUUUGAAAGGAAACAGUCAUCAGGUAGUUACAAGAGUAUGAUUGCUCAGCGUGGCAAACUACCAGCUUGGGACAGACAAGAUGAGAUUGUGGACACCAUUGAGAGCAACCAAGUUGUCGUCAUCAGUGGAAUGACAGGCUGUGGAAAGACAACCCAAGUGCCACAGUUUAUUCUGGACAAAUACCUAAGGUCAAAGAACUCGAAGAUGUGUAACAUCAUCUGUACACAGCCACGACGUAUUUCUGCGAUAUCUGUGGCUGAGAGGGUGACGGACGAGCGGUGUGAAAAGUUAGGGCGGAGUGUUGGCUACCAGAUCAGACUGGAGAGCAAGCAGUCUGCCUGGACACGUCUGCUGUUCUGCACUACAGGAAUAAUUCUUCGACAACUGGAAGGUGACCCUAACCUUGAGGGCGUUACACAUCUGGUUAUUGAUGAAGUACAUGAACGAUCAGAAGACAGUGACUUUCUAAUAAUGAUAUUGCGUAACCUCUUGCGAGUCCGACCUGACCUCAAAGUUAUACUGAUGAGUGCGACCUUGAAUGCUGAUCUGUUUUCUCACUACUUCAAGGAGUGCCCAGUCCUGGAGAUUCCUGGGAGAACCUUCCCAGUUGACCAGUUCUUCUUGGAAGAUGCCAUUGAAUAUACCGGUAAGUUCGUUAUGGAAGAGAAUUCUGCCUUUGCCCGUCCAAUCAAGCGAAGCAAUGCCAUGCGUGCCCAGCCAGGUAGAGGUCAAGGUCGUAUAUCGGUAGAUGACAUUCAUGAUGAACUGGAGGAGAUCGGAAACACUGUGAUGGUGGAGCCAGCCAAGGACAACAUCAGAGAUGAUAACCUCUCAGUCAAGCAACUCUUCUACAGAUACAGUGAAUACCGCAAGUCCACUAUCAAAGCUAUGGCUAUUAUGGACAUGGAGAAGAUCAACUAUGACCUCAUUGUAGCUAUACUGGAGUGGAUUGUGGAUGGGAAACAUGAGUAUCGCAAAGAUGGAGCUGUUUUAAUCUUCUUGCCUGGUUUUGCUGAGAUACAGACUUUGUAUGACAUGCUGAUGACAAGCAAAGAGUUUGGGAGCAGGAAUAGGGGCAGAUACAAGAUAGUGCCUCUUCAUUCAUCUUUAUCCAGUGAGGAUCAGCAUGCUGUGUUUUCUCGACCCCGAGAAGGUGUCACUAAAAUUGUGAUAUCCACCAACAUAGCGGAGACAUCCAUCACUAUCGAUGAUGUUGUGUAUGUCAUUGAUGCAGGGAGGAUGAAGGAGAAGAGGUAUGACUCCUGCAAGGGGAUGGAGAGUUUGGAGAUGGUGUGGGUGUCUCGUGCCAACGCCCUACAGAGGAAAGGUCGAGCAGGUCGUGUGGCAUCGGGUGUCUGCUUCCAUCUCUUCACACAACACAGAUUUGAACAUCACCUCCGCCCUCAACCCAUACCUGAGAUACAGCGGGCACCUCUUGAACAGAUUGUCCUGAGGAUCAAGAUGCUUCCCUUAUUUAAAAAACAUGGAAUACAGGAGGUGCUCGAGAGCCUGCUAGAACCUCCUAAGGAGGAUGCCAUCCUCAAUGCUAUCAAAAGACUGCAAGAUCUUGGUGCACUCGAUGACCUACAGGACCUUACUCCUCUAGGCUACCAUGUCGGAUCAUUGCCAGUUGAUGUUCGAAUCGGGAAGCUGAUGCUGUUUGGUGCCAUCUUCCGUUGUCUGGAUGCUGCUCUCACUAUAGCUGCAACACUCAGCUCCAAGUCACCAUUUGUUUCUCCAUUUGACAAGAGGGAUGAAGCCGACAAAAAGAAGCUGGACUUCGCUGUGGGCAAUUCUGACCACUUGACCAUGUUGAAUGCUUACAUGGGCUGGAUCGAUGCAAAGGAAAGAGGUUCACAUGCCCAGUAUGUCUUCUGUCGGGAGAACUUCCUGUCCAUGAAAUCACUGCAGAUGCUGUGCAGUUUGAAGCAGCAGUUUGUGGAGCUGUUGUCCGAUAUUGGGUUUGUAGUGUUUGUGAAGGAGGGAGUGACACUGAGGGAUGUGGAGAGGGCAUCCCGGACAGGAGGGAGGGAUGGAGUGUUGGAGGCUACAGGACAGGAGGCCAAUGUUAACUCUAAGAACUGGAAACUUGUGUCAGCAGUGCUAGUUGGCGCCUUGUACCCAAAUGUCGUCCAGAUCCUCGUCCCUGAGACCCGGUACAGUCAGAGCAGUGGAGGAGCUGUUGUGAAAGCCCCCAAACCAGAGGAGAUGAAGUUCAAGACCAAAAUGGAUGGCUAUGUAUCAGUUCAUCCUUCAUCUGUCAACUUCCAAGUACGUCACUACGACAGCCCAUAUCUGGUGUAUCAUGAAAAAGUGAAAACUUCAAAGGUGUAUAUCCGGGACUGCACGAUGGUGUCGGUGUAUCCGCUGUUGCUGUUUGGGGGUGGUGCCCUCUCCGUGGAGCUCAGCAAGGGUUCUUUUAUCCUAUCAGUGGAUGAUGGCUGGAUACGAUUCAUGGCUAGUUCACAUCAGGUACAGUCAAUAAUUCGCUAA